CGCGCAUUUGCCGCAUAUGCACACCGGUAUCUAUGCGCUAAGUGAACGGAUUCAAUACCACAACAGCCGGCAAAAAAGCGCUCCGGCUUUUCACCGGCGAGACUUUUUUGCUGUACGAUUUUAGUUUUUGCGCAUUCUAAUAUCAUCUAAAUUGAAGUGUUUACCUGUGUUGAUGGUUUUUGCAAAAUGUUAAAAUCUAAAAUAUUGCCGGUAUAAGGGGAGCAUCGUGAAUGCGCGCAAAGGACGAUGGCUAUUUAUGGAAUAUUCUUGUUAUUCUUUGUGGGAAUUAUUCAUUUCCCUCAUGCAUGGACUUCUAGUCAAGAUCUGAGAACAUACUCCACACCACUUCAGACCAGAUGGCCAUCGCGGAGCGUAUCGACGAGGAAGAACAGUGCUGGAAUGGUGGAUGAUGCGCAUGCACUCGCCUACACACAACAGCUGCUCAAUGUAACCACCGUGGCCGAGCAGACCGUCUUGCUGCACUGUGCAUCGAUGCCGAAUUCCAAGGAAACGGAGAAAUUAGAGUGGCGACGAGAUAAUCAUCUCCUUCCGGUCAACCAUCGCCAGCUGGUGUAUCCCAACGGCACACUGGCCAUCGAGAAAGUGGACGCGCGUCUGGAUGCCGGUGUGUAUGUGUGUCAGCGUGGUGGCCGCAUCCAGCAGGAAUACCAUUUACGGGUGAUUAUUCCGCCCCGCAUUGAUCCGCUGCAGUUUCCGCUUGACCUUUCGCCGGGUGCCCGGCUGCGUGUCUCCUGUUUGGUCAGUCGGGGCGAUCCGCCGAUUAGCAUCCAGUGGUACAAGGACGGUAUGCUGUUGAGUGCAUCCAAGGAGAUUGUUGUGCAGGAUAUCGAUGAAUAUGCCAGUUUCCUCCUUAUACCCAGUCUCAGUGUGCAGCAUGCCGGAAAUUAUACUUGUCUGGCUAGCAAUGACGUUGCGCAAGACACCAGAACCGCUGUGCUGACAGUUAAUGUUCCGGUUUAUUGGGUUAACGAACCAACGGACACAGUGGCACUCCACAGGACCGAUUUGCGUCUAACCUGUCAAGCCAACGGGAAUCCCCAGCCGGUUAUUGAGUGGAAAAAAUCAGUUGGUAAUACACCGGGGAACUAUACACCUGUUGCCAGUGUACGGCAGCAUGUCUUCGACAACGGCACGCUAUGGAUACAGGAUCUGGAGCGGACCGAUGAGGGAUCAUACUUGUGUCAGGCCACCAACGGCAUCGGUCCCGCCAUCAGCAAAGUUAUCCAUCUUGCUGUCAAAGCUCCGGCAUAUUUUUUACUGGAUCGGGAGACCACCAACGUGCCGCUACGAUCAACGGCCUCUCUCACAUGCAGCGCUCUGGGUGACCUCCCGAUGACCAUAACCUGGCAUUACAAGAACGUCGAACUGAAAGACAACCACUUUGCGCGUCUGUCCUUUCACUCACAAGCCACACCGGACGGUCAGGAAUCCACCAUCCUUAUCAAACAUGCCGAACGCAGCGAUUCCGGGGAAUACGUGUGCAAAGUGACCAAUGAGUAUGGCUCGGCGAAGAAGGUGAUAAAUCUAUUAGUCCAGGAAGUACCGGAGGCGCCGACAUCCAUCAGCGUAUUAGGCACCAAUAGUCGCAUGGUCAAGAUCGGCUGGACGGGCGGAUAUGAUGGGAACAGUCCGGUCAUCAACUUUAUUGUCGAAUGGAAACGUCCGCAUGAGGGAUGGAAUGAUGAUGGAGUGAAACGCGAGUAUACUCCUGGGAACAGCUCCGAGUAUACGGUCAAAAGCCUCAAACCCGCACAACGAUACGACAUGCGAAUCCGAGCGUCAAACAUUUUGGGUCAGAGUGAACCGAGUCAACUGGUGCAGAUUCUGUGUGAUGAAGAGGCGCCGUCGGAUAUCCCCAUGGACGUCCAGGCCGUUGCGGCCUCCUCCACGGCGGUCAACUUGACCUGGAUCCCACCGGUCAGUGACGGGUGGAAUGGGCAGUUGAUCGGCUACAAUGUGGGCUAUAAAGUGGAGAAUACGAGUGGUGAUUUUGCUAAUAUUACCAUUAAAUCCGAUGGGAAGCGCAAGGAGAGUGUCGUGCUCAAGGGUCUGCGCAAGUACACGACGUACGUCAUUAUUGUCCAGGCCAGAAAUGCCAUGGGCCUCGGACCACCGGCCAUUGUCACCGGCAUAAGGACUUUUGAGGAUGUGCCCAGUGAAGCGCCAUAUGAAAUCACCGCAUCCGCCACAUCAUCAACACGAAUAUCGAUCACAUGGGAACCGUUACCGUCCGAGUACAUCAACGGUGUUCUCCUGGGAUACAAAGUCCUUUUCAAGCCGUCUACAGAAUGGACAUCCCAACCGGAUGUCAAGAUGGUCACGGAGACCAGCUGCUCCGUGGAUGAUCUCAAGAAGUUUACCAAUUAUACCAUUCACGUGCUGGCAUUCACUAAGAUGGGCGAUGGCGUCUCGAGUGCGGCUGUCUAUGCGGAGACAUUCUCCGAUGUGCCAUCUGCGCCAGCGGAAAUCAAGGCUAUUCUGAAAUCACCUAAUUCCAUCCUGGUUACGUGGAUGGAUCCCGUGGAGAAGAACGGUAUUAUCAUCCGCUACAAUGUCUAUAUGCGUCCGCUGAGCGGAAAUGGCGAUAACGAAGUGAAAAGGACCGUCUAUCCACUGGAUGCGCCCAAUCAGUACGAGUUCACGGACUUAACGGGAUCAAGUAAAUAUGAAUUCUUCGUUACGGCGGAAACCGACCGAGGUGAAGGUCCGCCAACCAUUAAAGUGCAAACUUCCGUGGGAUCGGCUGGACCGGCGCGUAUCGCGUCCUUUGGCACGGUUGUCAGUCAGCCAAUGGGCACGUCAGCGAUUCUGCCGUGUUAUGCUGUCGGAUUUCCGCAGCCAACUACCGAAUGGUUCAAAGGGAAUAAGCUUAUCUCAACGGGAAUUUUGUCCAAUGGCUCACUAAGCAUUAAAGACCUGCAGCCACAAGAUGCCGGCGCUUACACAUGCAAAGUCCGUAACUCUUACAACACGGAAUUUUUGGAUCAUUCCAUUAUCGUGCAACAUGCACCGGAAGCCCCGCUCGUAACCAUUGCCUCAUCGACCAGUAACAGCUUGACAGUGGAAUGGAAAGUCACUAACGACGGAGGAAGUAUGAUCAAGGCUUUUACAUUGUAUUAUAGACCGGAAACCGGCAGCUGGAAGAGCGUUCGAUUGCCGGCUAAUUACAAUAGCUAUUCACUGCCGCAUCUGGGCUGCGGACAAAUGUACCAUGUUUAUAUGACGGCCUUCAACGAUAUCGGUACCAGCGAUCCAUCACUGGAAACAUCGGCGCAUACCAGCGGACAAGCACCACUUUCUCCCGAUCUCAAAGCGUUUCUAGUCCCAAAUACCACAUCCGUACUGUUGCUGCUAUCCGCGUGGAAAGAUGGUGGUUGUCCCAUACGAACUUUUUCUAUAAAAUAUCAGACAUACUACGAGAGUCUUGAAUGGAAGACGGUGGGUGGACUGAUACCUGGCGGUGCAGAUUCGUUUUUCAUGAAAGAUCUCUUACCGGAAACGGUCUAUCGCAUGCGCACCACCGUACACAACGAUGCCGGUGCCACCGAGAAGGAGUAUAUUUUCUCAACAUUGACGGAGAAUGGAGAAGCGACCUUUCCGGAAGUUGUACUGCAAAAGGAUUCCGUCUUGGCAUUCCACGAAAACACGACCAAUGUCAUUUGGUUAUCAAUUGUUGCCACAUUACUCGGAAUUUUUGUUGUGGUGGUGGGCGUUAUGACUGUGUGCAGACGAAGAAGACAGCGAAAAUUUCGUUCAACAGAUCUGGACGAUGCAACCAAUAUCCGUCGGGAUCUGACGUCGGAAAACGUGCGCUUUGAUCUUGAGCGGACACCACGAAAAUCUACCGGCAUACCGUCACCCUGGCGCAAUAUUGCCCAUUAUAUGGAUGCCAACAAUCAUUCACCGGUGUCCUUGGCCAGCACACCCAAACAAUGGCAACCGCCCAUAUACAACAACGUCACGGUGAACGAAGCGUCGAAUCUGUUUAGUUCACCGAAACGCCAGAACACCGCCGGCCGACAGCGCGAAGCCUUAAUACUUUCCGAAACUGCUAGUCAUUACCAGACACCCAGCAAUCGCUCCCUUAAGCGCGACGAAAGCACACCGGAUUCGGGAUUUUCUGGCAGCAACGUCAAGCAUAAUACCGAUUGUGACAGCUUUCAGCGGGAUUCCAUCCCGCGGCUGAGCGAUCGCAGCAACAACUCCGACUCGGAUGCCGGCGUGACACACAAACUCAACUGCCACGCGCAUAAGACCCGUCCGAAACCGGCACAACGGCGUCGUCUGCCGACGCGGCCCCGCCAGGGCGCCUCUUCCCUGCCCCGGACCAAAGCGCCGCCCACCUCCUCCAGCAGCCCGAGCAGUACGGAGGACGUGCCGGCCUAUGUAUAUCCGUACUGCACCAACCGGGUGCAGCGCGGCCAUCCACAGGCCACCAGCACGGCGCCGCCACAUCUCCACUUCCCCAGUCCGCCGCAUUCGGACGGAGAUGAGAAGCUGGACACGAGAGCCGGUAGCCGCAGUGCACGACCAAAGACUACGCCCCUCAGGAAAGAGGCCUUUAAAAUGCACUCAAUUCAGCGCCGCUCAGCCAAUGUGGACACAUUGGGCGAGCUGAUGGAUGAACUGGUGGAUAAUAUUAUGCCGCUGCAUCCUAAUACUGCUGUGUAGAAAGACAAAAUGGAAAGUUUUUGUUUUAAUAAACUUUUUAUGUUGUACAAAGCUUUUUUUCGUAGAUUGUGUUGUUGAUCGUUUGUAAAUUGUAAUAGCGUUCAGGUGGAGGUUAAAGGAUGUU